UAGAUAGAAAAUUUGUAAUGUGUCGCUGACAUCCAUGAUGGGUGGUCACUACUGAGAGUCAAAAGAGUAAAAUUCGUGCUAAUAAAAAAAUUCCCGUAAGAAAAAAAAAAAACAACAGCAUUAAACUAGAACACACAUUUCCAAAUCAAAUAAUACAAAAAAAUAUUGGGAAGCAACUUGAAAUUGUCCAUUAAACGAAAGAAAUAAACUUGCGACACCGAGAAACUGUAAAUUGUGCAUUUGUAGUGAAUAAUAGACGAUAAGAAAGCGGUGAAAAUAAUAAUUGGUAGUAGUGGAACUAGCGAAAAAUAUAUAGAAAAAAACAGCAACAUAAAUCGUUAAUUGGAUAAUACCACAAUUCGACCGACAAGAAAAUUUGGAUUAUAUCUAGCAAAAAACAAUCUGCCAAGAGAGAUAAAAUAGCUGAUUACGUUUUCACGAGAAAAAAAACAUUUGGAGAACAAAGUUUGAUCAACCGAGGAAUAAAAAUGUCGCAACCAUUGCCUAUUCGUUUCCAAGAGCAUUUACAGCUCACAAAUGCCGGCAUUAAUGCAAACGCCAUCUCGUUCACGACGCUCACGAUGGAGUCGGAUAAAUUUAUUUGUGUGCGUGAAAAAGUCGGCGAUGCAAACCAAGUUGUCAUCAUCGAUAUGAAUGACACGAACAAUCCGAUUCGUAGACCGAUUAGCGCCGAUUCAGCAAUUAUGAAUCCAGCGAGUAAAGUCAUUGCCUUGAAAGCUCAAAAAACGGUACAAAUUUUCAACAUUGAAAUGAAAUCGAAAAUGAAAGCGCAUGCAAUGACAGAAGAAGUGGUCUUCUGGAAAUGGAUUUCGUUGAAUUCGUUAGCAUUGGUAACGGAAACAUCAGUCUACCAUUGGUCAAUGGAAGGUGAUUCAACACCACAAAAGAUGUUUGAUCGUCAUGCAACACUGAAUGGUUGCCAAAUCAUCAACUACCGUACGGAUCCAAAGCAACAAUGGUUGCUUCUAGUUGGUAUAUCGGCGCUUCAACAUCGCGUCGCUGGUAAUAUGCAAUUGUAUUCCGUAGAACGAAAAGUGUCACAAGCAAUUGAAGGUCAUGCAGCUGCAUUCGCAACAUUCAAACUGGAAGUGAAUCCAGAACCAUCGACACUGUUCUGUUUCGCCGUUCGAUCAGCACAAGGUGGAAAAUUGCAUGUCAUCGAAGUUGGAACACCAACAACUGGCAAUCAACCAUUUACAAAGAAAGCAGUCGAUGUCUUCUUCCCACCAGAAGCUCAAACUGAUUUUCCAGUUGCAAUGCAAGUAUCGGCCAAAUACGAUGUCAUCUAUUUGAUCACAAAGUAUGGAUACAUUCAUAUGUACGACAUUGAAUCAGGCACAUGCAUUUUCAUGAAUCGUAUAUCGGCCGAUACUAUUUUUGUGACGGCACAACACGAAUCGAGUGGAGGUAUUAUUGGUGUCAAUCGAAAGGGUCAAGUUUUGUCUGUGACCGUUGACGAAGAACAAAUAAUUCCAUACAUUACGAAUGUACUACAAAAUACCGAUUUGGCCUUACGAAUGGCUGUGCGUAAUAAUCUAUCCGGUGCUGAAGAUUUAUUCGUCCAACGAUUUAAUGCACUUUUCCAAAAUGCGCAAUACGCUGAAGCGGCCAAAGUUGCUGCAUUAGCACCGAAAGGCAUCUUACGUACACCGCAAACGAUUCAGAAAUUCCAACAAGUUCAAACACCAGCCGGUGCCUCAUCACCACCAUUACUGCAAUACUUUGGCAUUUUACUCGACCAAGGUAAAUUGAAUAAGUAUGAGUCGUUGGAAUUAUGCCGUCCGGUUCUAUUGCAAGGACGCAAACAACUAUGCGAGAAAUGGCUUAAGGAGGAGAAACUUGAGUGCAGCGAAGAAUUGGGCGAUUUGGUGAAACCGACCGAUUUAACAUUGGCUCUAUCAAUUUAUUUGCGUGCCAAUGUACCGAACAAAGUGAUUCAAUGCUUUGCCGAAACUGGCCAAUUCCAAAAGAUUGUGCUGUACGCCAAGAAGGUCAACUACACGCCCGACUACGUCUAUUUGUUGCGUUCAGUUAUGCGUACCAAUCCAGAACAAGGGGCAAGCUUUGCCGGUAUGCUUGUUGCCGAUGAAGAACCAUUGGCUGACAUCAAUCAAAUCGUCGAUAUUUUCAUGGAACAAAACAUGGUUCAACAGUGUACGGCCUUUUUAUUGGAUGCAUUGAAACGAAAUCUACCACAAGAAGGAGCUCUACAAACUCGUCUAUUGGAAAUGAAUUUGUUAUCAGCACCGCAAGUUGCCGACGCUAUCCUAGGUAAUUCAAUGUUUACCCACUACGAUCGCGCGCACAUUGCCCAAUUGUGCGAAAAAGCUGGAUUGUUGCAGCGCGCACUUGAACACUACACCGAUUUGUAUGACAUCAAACGUGCUGUCGUUCAUACACAUCUUUUGAACGCUGAUUGGUUGGUCGGAUUCUUUGGAACUCUAUCCGUUGAAGAUUCAUUGGAAUGCUUGAAAGCAAUGCUGACCGCAAACAUUCGUCAGAAUUUACAAAUUUGCGUACAAAUCGCCACCAAAUAUCACGAACAAUUAACAACAAAGGCAUUGAUCGAUUUGUUUGAAAAUUUCAAGAGCUACGAGGGCUUAUUCUACUUUUUGGGUUCGAUUGUUAACUUCAGCCAAGAUUCAGAAGUUCAUUUCAAGUACAUUCAGGCCGCAUGCAAAACCAAUCAAAUCAAAGAAGUCGAACGCAUAUGCCGUGAAUCGAAUUGCUACAAUCCUGAACGUGUUAAAAACUUUUUGAAGGAAGCCAAACUCACCGAUCAAUUGCCAUUGAUCAUUGUAUGCGAUCGCUUUGACUUUGUACAUGAUUUGGUAUUGUAUUUGUAUCGUAACAACUUGCAAAAAUACAUUGAAAUCUAUGUGCAAAAAGUGAAUCCAUCACGUUUGCCAGUCGUUGUUGGUGGAUUGCUUGAUGUCGAUUGCUCCGAAGAUAUCAUCAAAAAUUUGAUUUUAGUGGUAAAGGGUCAAUUCUCCACCGAUGAAUUGGUCGAAGAAGUUGAAAAACGUAAUCGCUUGAAGCUACUUUUGCCAUGGUUGGAAUCACGUGUACAUGAAGGAUGCAUUGAGCCGGCCACACAUAAUGCAUUGGCCAAAAUCUACAUCGAUUCAAACAACAAUCCGGAACGUUUCCUAAAAGAGAAUCAAUACUACGACAGUCGCGUGGUUGGAAAAUACUGCGAGAAACGUGAUCCACAUUUGGCAUGCGUUGCAUAUGAACGUGGACAGUGUGAUCGUGAAUUGAUUGCUGUAUGCAAUGAAAAUUCAUUGUUCAAAUCGGAAGCACGGUAUUUGGUGCGUCGUCGUGAUACUGAUUUGUGGGCCGAAGUUUUGGCCGAAAGUAAUCCAUAUAAGCGACAAUUGAUCGAUCAAGUUGUACAGACAGCAUUGUCAGAAACUCAAGAUCCCGAUGACAUUUCAGUCACCGUUAAGGCAUUCAUGUCGGCCGAUUUACCAAAUGAACUCAUCGAAUUGCUCGAGAAAAUUGUAUUGGAUUCGUCAGCCUUUUCUGAUCAUCGUAAUUUGCAAAAUCUUUUGAUUUUGACAGCUAUCAAAGCCGAUAACACUCGUGUCAUGGACUACAUCAACCGUUUGGAUAACUACGAUGCACCGGAUAUUGCCAACAUUGCUAUCGGAAAUCAAUUGUACGAAGAAGCCUUUGCAAUUUUCAAGAAAUUCGAUGUUAACACCUCAGCCAUUCAAGUAUUGAUUGAACAUGUCAAUAAUUUGGAACGGGCCAACGAAUUUGCUGAACGGUGCAAUGAACCGGCUGUGUGGUCACAAUUGGCAAAGGCACAAUUACAACAAGGCUUGGUGAAGGAGGCCAUCGAUAGUUACAUUAAAUCGGACGACCCAAGCGCCUAUAUGGAUGUCGUUGAAACCGCCAGCAAAGCUGGUUCAUGGGAUGAUUUGGUGCGUUAUUUGCAAAUGGCACGCAAGAAGGCACGCGAAAGUUACAUCGAAAGUGAAUUGAUUUAUGCAUACGCUCGAACUGGUCGUUUUGCUGAUUUGGAAGAAUUCAUUUCGGGGCCAAAUCAUGCCGAUAUUCAGAAAAUUGGUGAUCGUUGCUUCAACGAUGGAAUGUACGAUGCGGCCAAAUUGCUCUAUAACAAUGUUAGCAACUUUGCACGUUUGGCCAUCACACUGGUACACUUGAAGGAAUUCCAAGGUGCUGUGGAUAGUGCACGUAAAGCAAAUUCGACACGUACAUGGAAAGAAGUUUGUUUCGCCUGUGUUGAUGCCCAAGAAUUCCGUUUGGCACAAAUGUGCGGUCUUCAUAUUGUCGUCCAUGCUGAUGAGCUCGAAGAUUUAAUUAACUACUACCAAGAUCGUGGACAUUUCGAUGAAUUGAUUGCUCUAUUGGAGGCUGCAUUGGGCUUGGAACGUGCUCAUAUGGGCAUGUUUACAGAAUUGGCAAUUCUCUACUCGAAAUAUAAACCAUCAAAGAUGCGCGAACAUUUGGAAUUGUUCUGGUCACGUGUAAACAUUCCAAAAGUGUUACGUGCUGCCGAACAAGCACAUUUGUGGUCAGAGUUGGUAUUUUUGUACGAUAAAUAUGAAGAAUACGACAAUGCUGUGCUCGCCAUGAUGGCUCAUCCAACGGAAGCAUGGAGAGAGGGUCAUUUCAAAGAUAUUGUUACAAAAGUGGCCAACAUUGAAUUAUAUUACAAGGCCAUUCAAUUCUAUUUGGACUAUAAACCAUUGCUAUUGAAUGACAUGCUUUUGGUAUUGGCACCACGCAUGGAUCACACUCGGGCUGUUAACUUUUUCACAAAAACCGGUCAUUUGCAACUCGUCAAACCGUAUUUGCGGUCGGUACAAACCCUCAACAACAAAGCAAUCAACGAAGCUUUGAAUGAAUUGCUGAUCGACGAAGAAGACUACCAAGGUCUGCGUACAUCCAUCGAUGCAUUCGAUAAUUUCGAUAACAUUGCAUUGGCACAGCGAUUAGAAAAACACGAACUUACUGAAUUUAGACGCAUUGCCGCAUACUUGUACAAAGGCAACAACCGCUGGAAACAAAGUGUUGAACUGUGCAAAAAAGAUCGUUUAUUCAAAGAUGCAAUGGAAUAUGCCGCCGAAUCAGGAAAACAAGAAAUUGCCGAAGAGCUACUGGGAUGGUUCUUGGAACGCAAAGCAUUUGACUGUUUCUCCGCCUGCCUUUAUCAAUGCUAUGAUCUUUUGCGGCCUGAUGUUAUUAUGGAGUUAGCAUGGCGACACAAGAUCAUGGACUUUGCAAUGCCCUACAUGAUCCAGGUGAUGCGUGAUUUAACUACAAAAGUGGAAAAAUUGGAAGCAAAUGAUGCACAACGACAAAAAGACGGCGAACAAACGGAAGAGAAAAGUAUCAUUUUGCCUGAGCCACAAUUGAUGAUCACCGCGGGUCCAAUGGGUAUGGUACCACAACAAUAUGGAUACGGUAACGUUCCACCCGCUGCUUAUCAACAACCACAACAUCCAUAUCCCGGAUAUGGCAUGUAAAAUGUGAACUGAAUCCAUCGUGAAAAAUAGCAUCGUAUGCAAAAUUUAAAUAACAUCAACUCUGGUUUUAAAUAUAAACAAUUGAUCAGAAUCAAAUAAGAACAUAGCAAGUUAUAAUUAUGAGAAGUUUUCUUUUUGAGAUAUAAAUAAAUCAAAUACAGUUUGGCGUAAACAAAAAAAAAAAUUAAGCGAAAAAUUUUAAAAAACAUGAGCGAAAUAAUUUUAUUUUUCUUCAAACAUUUUGAAACCAGAUUGAUGGCCACUGUUUGUGACACCUGAGACAAAGUCUUGCUUGCACAGCAUUUAGUUUCCAUUAGCAUAUAAAGAAAAGUAAAGUGAACAAAACAUCCAAAUGGUAGCAUCAAUAACACCGAUUUAGUUUUGUCUAUUUAAAUAAAAACCUUUGAUUAACUAUUAUUUCAAAAGAAAUACGUCGUCGUCAAAAAUAUGUCAAACAUUUUUUUUGCUAUAAUAAUAAUAAUAUAUUAUCUACAUUGAAAUCGAGUUCUGUACAUUUAGAAAGAUGUGUUAAUGUUUAUGUUAUUCAAAAAAAAAAUAAUAUUGAGAAAAGAAAAAGUUCUACACAAGUAUAUAUAUUAAAAAGAUCAUGUAUCCUUAAGCUUGUUCAAAUAAGAACCAAGCUGUUGUUCGAAUCGAACACACCUUUGUCCGGCGCACCCCCUCCAACACACACUCUUUCCAAUAACUACAUGAAAGGUACAACCUUUCGUACAUUGUAUUACAACAUUAUAUAAACUUUAUAAUUUAAGGCAAUUUAAAUUGAUUUUAAAUAAAGUAUAUUUCUAUCAAUCAAUU